UUGAAAACGCGAUAGCCAUGCAUGUGUUUGUCACGGCUGCUGACGCAAGAUCGGCAUACACAACGCCGUUGUGACGCGACGUCGACGUAUAGUAAUCGCGUGCAGCCGCGACAACGGUCGUUCCGAUUUUCGCGACUAUUCCACCGGGACGUAUUUCACGUUCCCAAACGACCACUGAAACUUUUGUCAAUCACAAAACGUCACGGUUCCACGUGGACAAUUGCGUAUCCCUGUUAUCAACUCUCUGUACAUCGAUGGAUCUCAGUGACUUCGUUGGAAUGCAAUCGAUCCGGUCGAGGCUCUCUUCGAUCUGACAGAUCGCCAUGCCAUCAUGAAUGCCACGGACAGCAACAGCGGCGUCAACGGCAACGACAGCAACAACACGAUCGCGGGCAAGACGAAUGCGCACGGCAACAGUGUUCGUCUGCAGAGCGUGAUCGGCAAGCAGAGCAGCUGCGUGCGCAAGAUGAGCACGAUGCCGGAGGAGGAGGAUACCUCGGACGAUAUGGAUCCUGAUGUGAUAAGGAUAGAACACCAGCACUAUCAGCAUCAUCAGCAUCACGACGUCGAUUCGGAUUCACCGUCCGAGGAAAGGGGUCGUUUACUAAGUGCUACCGAGUCGACCGUUCGAAAGAUCACCAUUACCCCUACGAGCUCGAGUAACCUGCACUGUAACGGCACUAUAAAGAAAACCAUCCCUCGAAACGACAGUAGCAACAGCAUCCACGAAAAAACGUACUCUCGACUUCAACAAUCAAAGUCAGGGGACCAAGUCGGUCAAACGGAGAAUAGGCUGCAUCGCGACAUUCCACAGGGUAUACUUAGAUCCGUUCGAGGGAUCGACUCGCAUAGUACACGACAUCGCUGCUCCAGCGUAAGAUCCGUGAAAUCUAAUCCGACGAUGGAUGAACAUCAGCACCAGUAUCAUCCACCGGCGGCCAGCUGGGCAUCGAUCGUGUUCUCUGAUGGAAACGGGCAAACCCACGUGCGAACGCUUCCCGAUUCCGUCUCUAUACGCUCUCUAGCAUCGAUCGGCAUGGGUUCUUCCAACGGCCGGAAGCUCACGAUACGUAGAGUUCUCACUUCGCCGUCGGAGCUGCUUAACAUGGUACAUCCGCCGCCAUCGUUCGAGGAUGAUCUGUCCGUGUGUACCAGCUUCGAUGAUGCUGAAGAUGACGCUGAAGACCCCGGGGACUACAGGCAAUCGAGACGCCCACACUGGGCCAACAAAGUUCAAUUUGUCCUUGCUUGUAUUGGUUACUCUGUUGGUCUCGGAAAUGUUUGGAGGUUUCCUUACCUAUGUUACAAAAGUGGCGGUGGGGUGUUCUUGAUACCUUACUUCCUAAUACUUAUAGUAUGCGGGGUACCAUUAUUAUACAUGGAACUUAGUAUUGGACAAUUCACACGACGAGGACCGAUCGGUGCUCUCGGUCAAAUUUGUCCUUUAUUUAAAGGGGCUGGCUUGUCUUCGGUAGUAAUAUCAUUUUUGAUGUCAACCUACCAUAAUGUGAUAAUAGCCUACGCCAUAUAUUAUUUCUUUGCGGCGUUCAGAGCAAAGCAACCGUGGUCUGAGUGCGGCAACUCAUGGAACACUGUGGCAUGUUGGUUACCUAGUUACAGUGCCAUCGAUAAUAGAACAAGACCAAACGCUUCUAGAACGCCGGCCGAAGAAUUUUUUGACAACAAAGUUCUUCAAAUUAGUAAUGGAAUCGAAGAUUCCGGGGCCUUAAGAUGGGAGCUUGUUGCAUGCCUGAUUACUGCCUGGAUUAUGGUAUAUUUCUCCGUUUGGAAGUCUAUAAAAUCGUCGGCACAAGUGAGAUACCUGACCGCGACUCUGCCACUUCUUUUAAUCGUCGUCUUCCUCAUGCGGUCCCUUACCCUUGAAGGUGCUGACAAGGGCCUGCAAUUUUUCUUUCACCCUCGUUGGGAGCUGCUUGGCGACGCAAAGGUUUGGAUCUACGCAACCGCUCAAAUUUUCAAUUCUGUAGGCAUAGCGUUUGGUUCAAUGAUAUGUUUUGCCAGUUACAACAAGUUCCAUAACACCAUCUUAGUGGAUAGCGUGGCUGUUUCUCUCAUAAACGCGUUCAGUAGCCUACUCGUUGGAAUAUUUUCAUUCGCAACCAUCGGCAACAUCGCUCUCGAACAAAAUAUGUCUGUCGAAGCUGUUUUAACAGAUGGACCUGGCCUCGUAUUCGUUCUUUACCCGCAAGCGUUAGCCAAGAUGCCAGCAUCGCAAGUGUGGGCCGUGUUAUUUUUCUUUAUGCUAGUCUGCCUCUCUUUGAAUAGUCAGUUUGCGAUAGUGGAAGUGGUUGUAACGUCGAUACAAGAUGGUUUUCCGAAAUGGGUAAAACGUCAUCUUUUGUGUCAUGAAAUGUUAGUACUUCUAGUAUGCGUCAUAUCCUUUUUAUUUGGUCUGCCUAAUAUCUCACAGGGAGGCAUUUACUUUUUUCAACUGAUAGACCACUAUGCUGCCUCGAUAUCGAUAAUGUUUCUCGCUUUCUUCGAAGUAAUUGCGAUAUCCUGGUGUUAUGGCGUAAGACGACUGUGCAAUAACGUAAAAGAAAUGACUGGACGUGCACCGUCCUCAUACUUCUGGUUUUGUUGGCUUAUCGCUGCACCUCUUCUCAUCAUGGCUGUGUGGGUAUUCAGCGUAAUUGAUUAUGAACCACCGACCUACCACAACGGCGAAUACAAGUACCCGUGGUGGGCAGAGGCGAUCGGUUGGGGAAUAGCUUCUCUUUCGCUCAUUUGCAUUCCCGCUUUCGCUAUCUACGAGUUCAUCAGAGCCAACGGCAACACUUGUGCGGAGAAAUUACGGAACUCUAUUAAACCGCAUUUCGAAGCAUGCAAAAUUUGUGGCCAAGAAUACUGUAACGAGUCCUUGCAUAAUUUUGAGGACAACAUGAUCAAAGAGCAACAGGACGCGAGCAGUCCGAUACAAUUGAGCAUCACUACUCCUUUGUCGAAAUCCCAGACAUGAUGCUCAGACAGACAUGGAUCAUUCGAAAUUACUUAUUACGAGUCUUAUAAAGUGUUUACACAGAUGAAUGAUGCGUUUAGUUGAUAGAGUUGAUAUCCGUUAAUUUUUUGUUCUUCAUUAAUAUCACACGUGAGUUUAUUAAUAAAACUUUGUAAAACGUAUAAAAGCUACCAAAGCCAACAAGUAAGAUGGUUUAUGAGUAUUAAAAUUGGCCAAUUCGUAAUUUUUUCUGAUUUUUUCUGCCAUUAGUUGCACAAAAGUGUCACAAAUACGUAAAACCGUUUUUUAGUGCCGAAGGUAAUACAUAGUAGUAAUUUAAAGAAAAUUCGCUCUGUAUACUACGCGCAUCCACCAACCACGGAAGAGGCUCGUGAACAUUCGCGAGCCACUUAGCGCGGCCGCUGGAUACAUGGUUUUACGGUAAACAAACGAUUAAAGUAGAAUAGUAUUGUUUUGCUCAAACCUACCAACGUUGACGUUAUACUCUAGCAAACAAGUGAAUUUGUGAUAAGAUUAAAUACAUUCAUUCACAUUUACCAGUAAAUUUACGAUAUUACGAUAUAUAGCGUCACUUUCUUCCCUUUUUUUUCUUUAAAUUAUAUCUUGGAAAAUUGGAUACGUAUAUCUGAAAUGUAACAUUCGUAUUACAAAUAUUUUGUGGCCUGCACUUUGUAUUUCACUGGUCAAAACAAAAUAUCGUGUAACGUCGAUAACAUUUAAACACUAUAUUACUCAUUUUCUAUUGAAAAGAAAAUUAUGAUACUCCACAAAGCUGAUGGAGGACGAUAUUGAAACUGACUCACGUUCCUGAAAACAUUCAAGUGCAUAUUCUGCUUUCACAUUUUAAUAUGUCAUUUUGAAAUGAGAACUUUUUCAUACAUCCAUAUAAAAACUAAAUCGAUAUCAUUUAUGUGUAUGCUGAUCGUAAAGUGAAUAAAGAAAUGUGCACAACAUAACAAACCGAAAGUAUUUACCACGUAGUAAGUAAGUUACCAUGAAUAUGGUUACGUAUUGUUGCAAUAAUUAAUUAAUUCAAUAUUAGUUUUUGUUCGUUUUUCUGUUGACUUAAAUGAAAAACACUAUACUCCAUAGCUUUUAGGAUCGCUUCAUAUUUUUACAUGACGUUCUAAAAUCAAUCGAUAUUUAGUUAUUUAGAUUGGACUGAUAAUGAAUGUAAAGCGCAAUAAAUUGAAUGUAAUAUAAUAUAAUACCAUGUCGGUAGGAUAGAAUAAGAAAAAUCACUGUUAGAAAAAAUUGUAGUUGCAUCUAACAGCGUAGAGACACAUUAUUGUAUUUUACAAACUUUUGUCUGCUUUGUAUACAUAAAGACAUUUGAUAUUUCAUCAUACUUUACAUAAUUUACAUUAUUAAUUCGCAUACUUGUUGUUGAAUUGUUAGUCGAAACAGAGCACUGUUACUACCAUCGUUAAUCAUUCCUAUUACGUAAUAAUAAGAACAUCAUCGUUCGACUUAACAUCGUUCAUAAUAGAAGGGUACCUUGAUAAGAUACGACUCAAACGCACCGAAAAGGUAAAAUAAUAAUCGUUUAAUAUACUGCGAUUAACGAUAGACGUAUAUUUAGAGGAAUAUGUUAAACAAUAAUGAGUACAAAUGAUAACGUUUUGUCGUAAUUGUACAUUUUAUUCAUUUUAUUGGGUAAGUAGCGCCGCCAGAAGCGACUAUUAAGCGAAGACGACAAGGAAUGACUGCGUAAGCUUGUUAAUAACGUGAUUGUACACGUGAUAAGAAUAAAUAUCGUCGAGCGUGAUGCGUCGUGUACAAAAUUCAAAAGACAAUAAAGUAGUGUACAAAACUAAGUUGACAAUUACAAAAACACAUCGAACACAUUAAUUUGUAAUUGUUCAAAAUUAUAAUAAAUUAUCCUAUUCCCACGUUACCAUUA